AGUACUUUUGCUCCGUGGACUGCCUUGCUGUUAUCGAUCCCAAGCCUGAAUAAACCACCCUUUAAGUAUAUUUCCUUUUGUCGAGCCUGCAUUUGUGUCCUGCCCUCGUCCAGUCCUGACAGAACGAACGAGCCAGACAUGGACGCAGCGGGCUCGAAUCCGGUCGCCAGGAAUCAAGACGCUGAUACAAUCAAGAGGAUUUUUUGAUGACCUUCAAUUUUUUUUUAUUUGUUUUCGUGACUGUUUCUCUCCAAAAGAGAAAUUUGAUUAUCUUGAGCAGGCAUGGGAAAUCGUGGAAGCCAAUGAAUGGCUUUAUGAACGCUUCCCUGAUCUGCAGGACCUGGACACGAUUUUUUCUGGCACUAAACUUCCUGACUGGAUAAAACAUCCAGAGGCCCACCCGUGUUCACAGCCCCUGCCUGUCGAUGACGAAGCUGAAUGGAGCGAUUGUGAUGACGAUGACGAAGACAAUUCAUCGGAGUCAGAGCAGUUUGUAGUACAGGACUCGGUAAACGUAUUGUUCAAGAUACAGGACUUGUUUUAUAAAUACCAUGACAAUCUGAGUCCACAGAACCGACGUCGCGUUCUGUCGGACCUUGAUCAGCUGUUACAAGCCGAGCCUGACGUGGUUCGCUCCUUUCCUGACCUUGAGAACAUAAAGGCUCAGUUUAAGCAGGGCCUUCUUCCGCCAUGUAUCGAAGAUCCGAUAGAGUUCAUGUUUGAAUCAGACAUCACCGCAGCCUGUUCGACCGCACCACGGCACAUAACGAUAUCAGACGCAGCCUGGUGUGCAUCAGGAAAAGAACCGGCUGCACCUGCAAAACCGAAGACACCGGGACCACGGCCACGCUCAACACCCAUGCAAGCCCCUUCACGAGCACCACCUCAGUCCGCACCACGAAGGACUCACGUGGCUUCCACACGCUCGCUUCGGACCGAAGCGGAGCCGGCCUCCUCAUGCCCGACUUCCCAACGUCUCCGGGCCACGACAACGGCUGUUCUCAGCCUUCCUCCUGUUCCAGCUCCUCGACAGCCCUGCGCGCCUGUGCCACCGAAGACCGUGCGCUUCGCACCUGCAGCUGCUCCAGUCUCCACGCCAGCGGCACCAGCGACGCUUCCAGCCGGCCCGGUCUCCAUGCGCACUGCACCAGCGACUGGAGCGAUCUCCGCACCUGCGGCACCUCCCGCCGAACCAGUCUCUGUGCGCAUCACUCCAGCGGUUGCUCCAGACUCCACGCCAGCUGCACCAGUGGCUGCUCCAGUCUCCACGCCAGCGACACCUGCGACGCUUCCAGCCGGCCCGGUCUCCAUGCGCAAUGCGCCAGCGACUGGAGCAAUCUCCGCACCUGCGGCACCAGCGACUGCUCCAGACUCCACGCCCACGGCUGCAUUGGACUUUGCGCGCACCGCGCCAGCACCUGUUCCAGCGCACGCCGCACCACAACCAGUCUCAAGGCCAGACGGUGCGUCGUUCGCACGCAUGCCGUCGGAACCUUCCCCUCCUGCGCCUCCUCAUCCUGCUCCAGCUUCACUGUCGGCACAGAAGAUGACGAUCGAGGACGCAAACCUGGAGAUGGGGUAUAAAGAAUGAGACUUUCUGAAGAAGCAGCUGGCAUCAGAUUUGUUUUUACAGUUCUUAAAAAGGACACCCACUCUAAAAAGUAUUCCAGAAAUGCAAUAAGUCUUUCCUCUGACACAGCAUUAGAAUGCUCAUCUGAGUCAUCUGAGUAUUGCUCAUCAUCACUGUCAUCAGAUGAUGACAAGAAGAAGAGGAAGUCCAAAAACAGGAUGAAGUGGGAAAAGGGGAAAAAGGGGAAAAAGUCACAGAAAAAUGAGGAGGACUGUCAGAGGAGUAAAACUGUUACUAACAUUUUUCCUAUUUUAUUUGCAUGUGUUAAUUAUGUUAUGUGUCUUUAUUUUGACCUUCAUAAUUGGUGUUUAAAGUGCACUGAAAUAAAUGCAGUCAGAUCUUUGGACCAAAAAAUGACAUAUUUACACAUAAGAUCCUUCUGAAUGUAGUAAAGUAAAUCUGCA